AUGAAGUUAUCCUCUGUAGUUGCCACUGCUUUGGCUGCUGCCUCAAGUGCCCUAGCUGCUCAAACUACCGUGACUGCUACCGUAGAUGGACAUGUCUACACUAAGACGAUCGACAUCCCAGAUGCAGAUGAAACUGCCCCUUCAGGUUACUAUUUAUCUACCAUCAUUGUAACGAGAGGAGACGUCGUUUACACCAAGGUUAUCACCGAACAAUCCGCUGUUGCUACUUCCGAGACAACCUCUAGUGAAGAGACUACUGCCUCAAUCCUAACUGCUGUCGACGAAGAGGCAAUCUCAUCUGCUGUUGAAGAGACUUCCUCCGCUGAAGAAGCUUCCACCACUGAAUAUGAAACCAUUACUUUGACCUUAUACAAGAACGACCACUGGUUCACUAAGACCGUCACCCAACCAGUUGGUUACGUUUACGCCGGUGAAACUGCCGCUCAAACCUCAUCCGCUGAAGAAACCUCAUCUGCCGAAGAAACCUCAUCUGCCGCUGAAGAGAAUUCUACCACUGAAUACGAAACUAAGACUCUAACUUUGUCCAAGAACGGUCACUGGUUCACUAAGACUGUCACCCAGCCGGUUGGUUUCGUCUGGACCGGUGAAGCAACUACCUACACUGGUGUUGCUCCAUGGGCUAGUAGUUCUGCUGAAGAAGCUUCUACCACUCUUGAUGCCGAUGAACUUGAAACUGUCACUUUGACUUUGUCUAAGAAUGGUCACUGGUUCACUAAGACCGUCACUCAAACUAAGGGUUUCGUCUGGACCGGUGAACCAUCUAGAUCGGCUGCCACAACCUCCGCUGAAGAAACUUCUUCUACUGAAGAAGCCUCUACCACUGAAUACGAAACUAAGACUCUAACUUUGUCCAAGAACGGUCACUGGUUCACUAAGACUGUCACCCAGCCGGUUGGUUUCGUCUGGACCGGUGAAGCAACUACCUACACUGGUGUUGCUCCAUGGGCUAGUAGUUCUGCUGAAGAGGCCUCUUCAACUGAAGAAGCCUCUACCACUCUUGAUGCCGAUGAACUUGAAACUGUCACUUUGACUUUGUCUAAGAAUGGUCAUUGGUUCACUAAGACCGUCACUCAAACUAAGGGUUUCGUAUGGACCGGCGAACCAUCUAGAUCAGCUACUGCAUCUUCUGAUGAUUCUAACGAUGACAUUACCUCUUACUCAAACUCUACCGCAUCAGCAACUGAUUCCACAGAUGGCCAAUCCUCUGUUAGCAUUGAAACUCAAACUGUCACCGACAAGUCUAGUACCACAGCUACCAUCACUUCAUGUUCAGAAGGGGUCUGUCACACAACCACUCUAGAGCCAUCUGCUUCUACUGUUGUCACCACUGUUGUUGAUGGUGUUACCAUUGUUACCACCGUCCCAUGUACGACCACUUCUACCGUUGAAUGUACCGAGGAACAAUGCCAAAAGACCAAGGAAACAGUUUCCACCAAGGAAACAGUAUCCACCAAGGAACCGGAAUCUACUGUCUUCACUACUGUUGUUGAAGGUGUCACUAUUACCAGUACCAUCCCAUGCUCUGAAGGUGUUUGUCAAAAGACUACCUCCGAACAUUCAGCUGUUAAGACCUCCACUAAUGGUAACGACCAACAAUCAGCUGUUAAGACUACCACUGCUGGUGACAAUGUUCAACCAACCACCACUGCUACUAUAAUCGAUACCGUGAAGACUACUAUUGUUAAAUCUACUUCUGCUACACAAAGUAGUCCUGCUCAAACUGUCUCCACUUACACUGGCGGUGCUGUCAUGGCCUCUGUUGGUACUGGUAUCUUCGCUGCUGCCAUGGGUGUUAUGUUGUUAUGA